AUGGUAGAGGAUAACUUAUCUAAAGGAAGCUCUGAACGACCUGAUUCUCCUCCACCGAUAAUUAAUGCAGACAAAAUGAUAUAUUACUGUGGUUUCAAUCAAUAUUACCGAGAUCUUCGAGAUGUAGAGAAUUUUCGCGUGCCACCUUUUCAAGAGUUCGUUGCAUUCCACCAAGAAACCUUGAACAAUAUGCAUGCAAUGAAGCUUGAAGAACGAAGAAGAAAACGCGAGAGGGAAGCUAGAUUGGCGAAGAAACGGUGUGAUGAAAUGAUAGAAGAUGGGGAAGUAAUCGUCUUGGAUCCACCGCCACCACCUCCUCCUGUGAGCGAUAACGAUGAUGAUGUGAUUAUAAUAGAUUGCGAACCAAGAAAGGGCUGUUCGACUGGUAUUAUGUUGGGCACACCUGUAUUAACUCGCAGGCGGAAUGGAGGAGAGUGCGAUCUGACUGAUGAAAAGAAGCCGUCGUUAGAGAGUUUCAGUAAAGGAAUUGUUCCUUUCGAAGCUCACGAAGAGGAUACACCACACAAAGGAUUCUUGAAGAAAAUUAUGUCUAAACUGAAGAAGAUUACUCGAUGA